CAACAGGUCCUUCAUGUCCCCUCCUAGCCGUAACAAGCAAGGUAUGGAUAUAGAGAAGCAACCAACCAAUCCCAAAGAACAAAAUGAAAAAAUGCCCGAAGAGAUUCUUAUUUGGUUAAUUGGCUAACCUUUCCUCCAUUUAUUUUUCCUGGCAACCAAACAGAAAGAGAGAGAAAGCAGUGAGUACAAGAAAAUGUUUUAAAUCUUUGAACAAGAAAGUUAGUUACCACUUACCACUCAGUCUUCAUUUUGGUCCUUAACACGUGCUGAAUUUCAAAGGUUGGAAACCUUAAAUGCAUUAACUGGUCUUGGAUUAUAUUUCAGAAAGAUACAUGGGUUUUUGAAAUGUGUUGCUUCUUUCAUUAAUGUUGUUGCUGUUCAGCUGUGGAAAUGGAGAGUGAUCAGACUGAACAUCAUAGGCAUCGUCGUCCUCGGCACCAUCAAGACAUGUUUACAAUACUGGGAGUUGUUUUUCAUGCAUGAGGAGAUUUGCAUAGAGAAGUUAAGUCCAUAGAGAGAGGAAAUGGCCACUGAAACAGACCAUCUAGAUCACCAUCAACAUCAUCAAACCUAUGGAGACAAAUGGUCAUGCCUACAACUAUCAUCAGAGAAGGGAGAAUCCCAGGAUGUAUCCAUCACUCAAAUUCUGGAUUGCGGUUCGAUAUCUUUUGGAAGAUACACUGCAGACACACUUGCAUGGGAAAAAUAUUCUGUUUUCUCCCACAACAGAUGUCAGGAGGAGUUGGAGAAAUUUUUUAAGGCACCAGGAUUAGUUGCUCAGAAGAAGGCAUACUUUGAGGAAUACUAUAAAAAAAUUAGAGCUAUGAAGGGAUUGCAAGCAGAGCAAGAAACAACUCAAACUGAUUCCUAUCAAAAUGGACAGGAGAUUACUACACAAGAAGAAAAUGGUGUUGAUACUGAAGCAUCAAAAAAGGAAAGUAAACCUAGCAAUACUAGUCAGGAAGAAAAUGGUGCUGAUGUUCACAGAUCAAAAGAGGAAAACAAGCCUAGCAAUGCCUAUAAAAUCCAGAUUUUAGAUAAUCAUACCACUGGUAAUAUUAACCCAUCUAGGAGAGGCAUUAAUGAUGGAGUAGAAGAAGAAAGUUACCUUAAUGGGAACAGUGGUGGAGCUAGCAAAGAAGAUGAAAUAGGGGUAUGCUUUUCUGCCAGAAUACCAAAAUAUUCUAUGGAAGAUGGUUCCUCGUCAUGUACUCCAUCAGUCAAAAGCAGUUCCAAAACUAGACAGAAAGGGAGCCCAGUCAGCAAUGAAAACAAGAACAAUGGAAGCAAACUGAAGAAGCAGGCAUCUAGUAUGAGGGUCAAGGGGACUGUCGCUUCUGCUGCAAACAGAAAAAAAUCGGACUGCAGAAUGAGCAAAGAUGUGGUUAAGCCAUCCGAGAAGCCAAAGCCAUCUGUUUGUAAGGAAAUUACAAGCACGGCAGAUGUUAGUCUUGUUUCAGGCAAAAGAAUUACCACCAAGACCGCAAGCAACAAAAAAUCUGACCAGGUUCAAUCACAUAGACAACGUAGGGAAGUACAAUCCAGUGCAACAGUACUUCAUGCUUCAUUAACAAAGGGCAAAAUAGUCUCACUGUCUUCUAAUAUUAGAGGCGGUCCACCUAAAACACAUUCAACUCCCAAAAGCUUGUCAGACAGGCUCCCAGGAACAUCAUCAGUUCUCACUCGAUCUGUUCAGAGAAGUUCGAAAGAGAUGACCACCAUUAGUCAUUUGAGAAAAUUCAGUGUAGAUAACAGGAGCUGUGAUGGAUUUGGUCAGAGGUCUUUAGGGUUGAGUGGCCACCAUAGUCUUCCAGAGAGUAGAGAAUCUGAGAGCCAGAGACCAAAAGUCGUGUUAAAAACUCUUCCUGACCGGGAUAAAUCAAAUCAGAACACUGGACCUGAGCGUAGGCCCGUCAGUUCUGUCAAAGGACGGAGACAGAAAAAGGGAUUAGAUGAAAUCGAUGCCAGAAUUGGACCAAAAUCUGACUCAUCCAAGGGGACGGGCAGUCAGAGGACCUCAAAUCUAAAGCCCGUGCAUAAGAUUGUUACAUCUCAGUCUGUAUACCUGACACGUCAAAAGGAUUCAAGACACAUUGAUGCACGCAUGCAUGGAUUAUUAUCUCAUGACAAUUGUGUUCUGUUUUCUGUGGCUUGGACUAAUACAAUGCCAUCACGCACAGACAGAGGAUGCCGAUUUGGCUUUGAGAGUUUAGCAGGUAGAGGGAAUUGAGGUCUUGUGAUGUUCACAGCCCACUGAAUCAUUAGUGUGAACUGCAGAUGACAGGGCAUGCACAGUGAUUAUCAAUGUAGCUAGAGUCUAGGCAAAAGGUAGGUUGGAAAUCUUGAUACAGGAAGUAGAAAAACUGCAUGAAGAAUCAAAAGCAGAUUUGUAAAUUGGAAACGUGCCACUCUUGAAGGCUGACAUGACAUGUUUAGUUGAAACUAGUUUCAGGAUAUGAAGGUGCUUGUAUAAAUGAAUGAGUUCUUUUGCAGCUAUCAUGAGAACAAAUCAUAGCUCAAAGUGUUAGCAAUCUCUUAAAUAAAAUUUAGUUACUUUGUGAAUAAGAAAAUAUAAUUGAUCUUAAAGGUACGAAUUUGUAGUUCAAUGAUUUAUUGAUGAUUUUUGCUCUUUUGAAUCCA